UAAAUCGGGUUGUAAUACGUAAUGAGGUUGUAAUAUAGUUUAAUUUUUAUUUAUUAUCUUAUUUUAUUGUGAACCUAUUGUGUCCCACUGCUGGGCAAAGACCUCGCCCCUCUUUCUUCAUUUGUCCUGGUUUUGAGCCCCGUCUGGCCGGUCUCUCAAAAAGGAGUCCAAGUUAUCCCGCCAUCGCCAACGAGGUCUACCAGAUACCCGGUUUGACUCGUGGGACACCCAAUUUACCUAUAAUACUUGUUUAGUUCCUCAAAAACAUGUCCCUCCACGAAUUACGAGCUAUGGGACAUAUCUUUGAAUAAGUUGUGGGCACCCAUAUUUUCAUACUUAACUGUACACAGUCAUUUGCAAACAUAAUAUAUCUUACACAAAAAGCGCGCAAAAACAUACGUUUUUAAGGUUGUAUAUAAAACUAAAAUAUUUUCGUGGGCAUAUUUCAGUCAAAUAUUUUCCCUGUACAAGAUAUUAUUGCAGGUAAGUAUACAGGUCCAUCUUUUAAUAAACCAUCCCGCCGGCGCGCCUCGCACAAAACAUACACCAGUAUCAUUUGACAAUUUGUGAGCAAUCAGUGCAUUGUCGCCGCUCUUUAUUCAACGGCAAAUAAUACAUGGAAAAUUGUCAUUCCUAUUGUACACCCGCCAUUGUUGGUCUAAUGACAGCGUUCAGCUCACAGUACGGGCCUGGCCGGCUGAGCGGCGGCAAUUUCGGCCAACUUAAAACACCAAUUUAGUGUAAACCAAAUUAGAGCGCGAAAUGCCUCAAGCCAAUUCAAAAUAGUGAUUAAAUACUAUGGCGUACCCGAUAGAAACAUCUGCUUUGACCAAACCAGUGCAAAAACUUUCGCGAAAUCCUAAUCCUUAUCACAUUAAACGGCCUAUGAACGCCUUCAUGGUCUGGUCCAGGCUGCAAAGAAAGAAGAUAUCAUUAUUAAACCCGAAGCUUCACAAUUCUGAGAUCUCCAAGCGGCUUGGCUUAGAAUGGAAGAGCUUGAAUGAGACUGAGAAAAGACCGUUCAUUGAUGAAGCGAAGCGACUCCGUAUCAAGCAUAUGCAGGAUUAUCCGGACUACAAGUAUCGCCCGCGAAGGAAAAACCGACCAGACAUAACUGUCUUCAACCCUAUGUACAGGGAACCCAUUCCUGAAGAACCGCGUCCAGAACAGACUUAUCAAAUCCCAUUAAGCUACUCUGAUCAGAUAAUGUACAACAAUAUGAUAAGCUACACGGUCCCGACUGUGCCGCAGGCCUCGUACAUCCCAGCGAGGCCUAAGGAAGAAGCGCUACCGAGUUUGGACUUACGGCCUCUACCGUCGAUCGAGAGCAUAUCACCAAGGCCGUUCGCCCUCGUCAAUCAGCAGAUGAUGGUGAAGGCGUAUCAGGAUCUGCACUACGUAUCCGACGAUAUUACGAGGAUAUCCUACCACUAUCCUUUCGGUGUCCAGUAGGGUUGAGAAGAUGGAUGGAGUAUCGGAAUUUUGUUACCAUAUUUUUUUGCUAAGAUUCUUCAAAUACAAGAAGCGUUGUAGAAUGAUAUUGCGUUGCAAUGUAAUCAAAGAGCGGAGGAUAGUGCAUAUAUUUACCCAAGAAUAUGUACUAACAUAGUAAUACAAGAGCCAAUGCCUGCUAGAGCCGAUAUUUUGCUAAAGGAGAUAAAUUACCCUCCCUGAUUCGUAAGAAACACGUUAUUUUUGGCUCGCUAGAGUUUAUUCAUGUGCCAGGUGUAUUGGAGCAAACGAACAGUCCAAUAAGUAGAGAGUAUAGUUGAGCCGAGUCGUCAAGUAACACCCUGCUAUUACCAAGUAACAUAAAACAUAAUACAUAUUAUAUUUCAGCUGCUCUUCAUGUGACAAAGUAUGUAUAAAGGAGCCCACUGAUUAACAGUCCGCCGGACGGUAUAGGCCUGUCAGUUGCUUUACUAUUGCGGCAUCGUUGUUACCGCUGCUGUAUAUUUAAAUAAAAUAAAUAAAUAAAUAUUAUAGGACAUUAUUACACAAAUUGACUAAGUCCCACAGUAAGCUCAAUAAGGCUUGUGUUGAGGGUACUUAGACAACGAUAUAUAUAAUUUAUAAAUAUUUAUAAAUACUUAAAUACAUAGAAAACAUCCAUGACUCAGGAACAAAUAUCCAUGCUCAUCACACGAAUACAUGCCCUUACCAGGAUUUGAACCCGGGACCAUCAGCUUCGUAGGCAGGGUCACUACCCACUAGGCCCAACCAGUCGUCAAAUAUAAUAUUUUCCUUGUUAAAAUGAGUGACGGAAUGAACCUCAUAUCCGCGGCGGUGAUGCGGCGGCGAACGUCACUCAUGUCAUCAAAGAAAUUAACAGAUACAGCGGUGGCAACAACGACGCCGCAACAGACACUGCAUUAGCAGCUGAAGUUGACAUCCGAACGGCACCUAUAACGACAUCUUAUCUGCGAUGGCGGGAUUCCACUCCAAACUGUACAAAUAGAACCAUAAUGUUGAUGUAUUGUUUAACAAUUGCUUUACCAGCUCUGCUCAUCAAAGUGUGGUCAAAUAAUAACACAAAAGGAUCAGUACCCCUAGUGUAAAUAAAUUCGAUUUUGAAACGUGACGUACGCGUUUGCGUUUAGUCUCAUUUUGUAUUGGAUUUAGAAAGAGCGCGCCAAGCGGGACGUUUUGGAAACUCAAAAUCCUAUACAAAAUGAGACUUAACGCAAACGCGUUCGUCACGUUAUGAUGUCGAUCAAAUUUACACUAGAGGUA